UUGUUGUUCCUGCGCUAUAUGCCGUCCGGGCAUCCUAUAGCCCUAUAAUCUUUUCGCUCCACUCUUUUUAUACCCGUCUCAUCUUUCCUCUAUUUCCGUCUUUAUUUUUAAUCAUCACCUGCUGCAAUGGUGGAAAUCCUCCCAGUCUCGCCCGUUGGGUGGGAUGGCAUGACCAAACACUGGUGGCAAUUUGUUCUUAUCGGGAUCCUCCUAGCAAGCAUCGGGCUUGGUGGGACCUACAUUUUAUUCUCCGCGGGACGUCGGCUGUGGAGAUAUUAUAAGUCAAAACCGCGGUUAGAGACCAUACCUGCAAGUGUGUCCCGACGACUGGAACAGCUCUCCAAUCGAGAGCUUGAUUUAACAAAUGCUGUCAUCACCAAGCGGAAGCCAGCCUCGUUUGGUGUAUACCUUGGAACUUUCAGUUCGCCCCCGAGCGAGGACGAAUCCCGGAUUCUGGGCCAAUGGGAUAUAUUAGUCCUCGACCCGUCCCAGCCUGGUGUCGCCAACGCCCUUUUGCAUAGUCGAAGACGGAAAGUUCUCGGGAGGGUCGACCUCGACCUCGUACUUGCAAACAACGACUCACCUCUGUCAGCGCUGGGCAAGAUCGAGAGUUCGAUCGCUGCGUCUUUUGACGGUGCAGGGUUCAAUGGCAUUAUUCUGGCAAAUUGGGAGGACAAGCUCAGUCCCCGUAUCUGGAUCCGACUUUGUGAGAUUAUUCACAGUCUGGGCUUGGAAGUGUAUCUGGAGACUGGACCUCCUCACUUCCUAAAGGACCGCAAGUCCCUGCAGUCAACCGCGAUUGCCGGGCUGGUCAUCCGAAAUGCCAGCAUCAUGCCCCAGGGUCAAAAGCGGGACUAUUUCCAAAUGGCCGACAUGCAGUCCACCAUCAAAGCGUUUGUCUCUGAGUCGUGCAUGCGAGAUUUCGCAGUAAUGACAUGGGAGACCGUGGACGACAAUGCAACUCUUUCUAAUGCGGUUGUUCAGCGAUCACUUCAAUGGUGCAACUUUUACAGCGCGAUUCCCUGGAUUGGUCGCGCGUCCGCCCUGCAUAACGCCUCUCUCAAUGUGAAGGUUCACGAACCUCUCUCGGCCUUUGGGUGGUUAAAGGAUGCCGAGAUCAUGAAAGCGCAUGAUAAGUGGCGUUCCAACUUGCAAGUUUCCAGCAAUGCGGUCGAGACAGAUGCCUGGGAUACGAUGCUUCAGUCUUUUCCCUCCCUAGAAGAUUUUUUGUCCUCCUCCGAAUCCCACCCGGUGGUUGCCGACAAAAUGACCACUAGCGUUCGCGAACCUCCAGACUGGGUGGCGCAGGUGAAAUCGCAAGGCAGCCCACUAUCAAUAUCAUUGGCCGGUGUGGAAUACAAAGCUUUUGGCUGUUUUCCCCUAGGAUCCGAGACGUCUGCGUCCGCUUUUGCAGAGAUUCUACAUUCUCAACAGCGGUUGAAAAGCCUGGGUUUGCUUCACCCGGUUCCAUUCUCUAAGGUCCAGAGCAUCGGUCAGCUCCUCAGGCACUUCCACGAUAACUAUGUGAUUUCGCACUGGGCAGAAUCCGAGCAACUCGCUGCCGCCGUCAAAGAGCUGGCAAACCUGGCAAAUAAUGAUUUACUCCGGAUCAAUCUUGGUCUCGACUCUGGAUUACGCAAAAGCACCGGUGUGCGUUUCUGGGCUGUUUAUCAAUUGGAUGCAGACGGUCUGGAGGUGUUUGUGUCAAAGAAUGCUCAAGGCCUUGCUGGAACUGUGUUGCAUACUUUCCUAUCUGCAAAGGGCUUUCCGCGCCAUGUGAGCUUUGAGGCAGAGACCGCUUUCGCGAGGUGGUCCAAAAAUGUCGCUGAGGGCACCGAUCUGCCCCGGCGAGUCAUUCAGGAUAUUGAUUUGUUGAGCCCAGAGGAGCGACUACUUCUGCUGCAACAUUUGUCACUGACAGACGCAACGAGCGAAAUGUCCGAGACCAUCACUUCAUACAUUCGACAACAGCUUAUCGAUAUGCCAUCACUAGGCCACCUGAAGGAGCUCAACACCGUUUCUUACCUGGAUGGAUCGAUCACUUCCAGCGAUGUGGUUAAGACGCGCGUCGACUGGUAUCGCCAACAGGGAUGCCCACAUCCUGCUAUUUCAACAUGUCUUGCUUUAUUCCAAGAGACCGAUAUUAUCUUGACACAGAUCUUGAAGGAACGCCGUGAAACCGAGCUUGCUUCCAUAUCUCAAGCCCUCGGAAAUCUACUUCAGGCGGGCCAGGUUGAUGCCUAUAUAGAUAUGAUGGUCCUUUCACUAUUCUGUGCGGCCAGGAAAGGUGCGUUAGAUGAAAUCUACACCGAGGUGACUGACCGAAAUCCACUGUUCAACAACCAAUCCGACCAGGCGGCCGCCUUUGCCGAGUCCUUUGCUCUGGGAUCCCGCUGUGAAGCCUAUUUCGACAUCUCGCCUAGUGCGUUUGGAAAGCUUUUGUUGGAUCGCUUCCGGAGACAGUACUCCGACAAAGAGCUUCCUAAUUGGAUCAAUGGCGCCCCCGAGAUGGCAACAGCAUACGCCGGCGCGCAAAUCGACGUCAACCCAGAUGACAAAGUCAAGCCAUUGCCUGGAUACCAGCGGUUUACCUUUCUCAGUGUCUUUGCCUUUCCUGCUCUGAUCGACAUAGUUUUGCUCACGAUCAUUGGGCGUGGACUAUACCUUUCAGCCUUCAUGACUUAUGAUGAACAGCAGAGUGCCACUAUUGCUCUGAUGAUUUCUCUCCUGUUAUCCGGUGGAAUCGGCACAUGGAUUGCCUGUGGAGGGCCUUACUAUCUCAUCUCCAUGGCUUUCGCAGCGGCUAACAUGUUCGUUCUCAUCAGGCUGAUCGCUGGUAUCGCGUUCACCAUUGCAGGUGGAUUAAUAGGGUUUGUUGUCAUUGCUGGGGUGAAGGGCCCUCGCGCAGGAAUCGUCUUCUACUUAUAUCUUAUCUCGUUGACGAUUUAUUUCUCUGCUUUCGCAUCACUGGCCAGUUUCAGUUAUCCGAACAGCUCCUUCCUCUCCGGUCGUAAGGUCAUCUUCGCCUGUAUCCCGAUUCUCUUCGUUUCACCGGUCAUUACAACAUUUGCCGGGAACGAUUCGGCCAUUUACAUCGCUGUCAUGUACAUCUUCAUCGGAGUUUUGUUAUUUGGCCUCCGGGGUGCUGCAUCGAAAUGGGUUACGUGGUAUCAGGAUAUCAGGCGUACUGAUGAUGCCGAAAUUCGGAAAUGGUAUAUCGCCGCGCAUGGGAAGAACGACGAGAAGGUUUUCGGUGGUCUGAGUGACCCUGCUGUUCUCAAGCUAUCAAGAGAGGCGCUGCUUCAGGACGUUCUGGCUGAAAAGAACCGGGGUAUAUUCUCGAAGUCGACCACCGACACACUGGUCCUAGAGCUCGCGAGAGACUGGGAAUCCACCAAAUUCCUUCUCGACUGGUAUUGCAGAUAUGCCGAUGUGCCUCGACCGAUUCCGUUUAGUUCUGGAUGGAAUAUCCAAACAAAGGUCGCCCUCGACACUCUUCGAAGCUCCCAGAAAGGUAUCCGUCUUCACAAUGCAUUUAUCCACUGGCGCCAGUCGAGCGAAGAAAUUGGAUGUGGUAUUUUGUACUUCAUCAUCGCUCUCCUCGAUAAGUGGGUGGACUUGCUAAGUGGUGGCCACAACCUUGGUCUGGCCCCAGCCCUGAAUGAUGCUAAUCGUAUGGCUGUGGGAUUUGGUCUGGCAUACUACCUGGUCGGUGCUGUUCUCAUUGAUACCCAGGCCCAAGCGCUACAUGAUCUUGUCGGUAGCCACACAGCCAUGGCUGUGCAGACGUCAAAAGACAUACGGAUUUCCCAAAAGCGUGAUAUUAAGUUCAAGAGAAAGGUGUACUGGAAGACCCUUUUCAAGUUUCUAAUGUUGCAUGUCUGGAGUCUCGCAUUUUCAACGGCUCUCAUAUGGACAUUCCAGUCUACGCGUGAAGCCAUGAUCAUAUUUUGCGCCUACGUGCUGGCAUAUACCGGCUUGCUUUGGUACCAGUACACAAAGAUCUUUACGGGCCCUCACGCAUUGAAACCUCUCAUAUGUGGGGCGAUUGUCGGCCUGUCUGUUGGUAUUGCUCUCAAAGUGCGCAUGCCAGAAGAUUUUCUAUACUCGCAGGUCAUUGGCCUCGGUGCUGCUACCUGGACAGUUGCCAUUCUCUCGCUCUUUACGGCCAAGAUGGGCAUGCCAAAAAAGGUCGACUCUCCGGUGGAACUGGGGAAGACAUUCCACGCCCAUACCGCCCCGUGGUCAGACCCUGAAUGGUCCCAGCAGGAAUUGCAGACUUUCUUCGAGGGGAUUUCUCGUGUUCCACAAGACUCCCGGCUCAAGCUCCACCCUAACGCCUAUCCUGGGAUUGAGAUCAGAACUAUCUUGACAUCCCGUAGGGUGGAGCCAAGAAUAGAAGAGGCGUUUCCAAACUCCGACGAUCUUGUGAAUCUGGCGCUGGAUUCGUGGGCAAACGGCCAAAUUUCAAUGGACCUUGUUCCUGUAGGCUCGCUGGGCCCCAAUAUCAAUGCGCUCAGCUGCAACGAUGGAAAUCACUUGAGGAUUGCCAUUUGUGUCGGCCGCGGGUUGGACGAGCGCAUCGAUGUCAGCGCGAAUUGUCAAGUCGUCGCUGAGACUCUCCUACAUGCGGUUGCCGAAACACACUUGAAGAUGCCACAUGAGUACGCUAUCCUUGCUGAAUCGCUUGUCACGGCAGGUAUCACCAAGACCACUGCUCGACAACUCCGCGAUGAAACCAACACUCUGGCUGUCAUCCGCUGGGCCAAGAAGGAGCUUCUGCGGAAUCUCUGCCUUGGGUUCGAGUGCGACUCUCAUUGGGAGAAACUUCCGAAACAUAUCCGGGAGUCGUUGCUGGACCGCUGCAUUGGCAAACCCUGCCAGCUAUCCGACGAUGGCGCAAAAUGGCUUCAGGCAAGACUCUGCCGCUUCGACACUAAAGAACUCGCUGUUCACGUUGCGAGAAGCAACCUUGGAGCCGCCACUGCGGUCAGUGUUCUUGAUUAUGCGCAUUACGGAACCGGCGAAUCUACUGUGACCAAGGAUAUCAACACCGCAACGUACAUCCCGUAUAUCUCGAGACUGCCUCCUCUAGCCGUCUCCGUUGUCCAGCGGUCACUCAGCUCCUUGUGGCACAAGAUUGGUGCGGUCGUUAAGUUCACUGUCGUGGCUCUAAUCGCGGAGCCUGAAUUCCAAAGGGAGCUGAACCACGUCAUGAGUCGCCGUUCUGCCUUCGUUCGAGUGCCGCUAGUAUAUUUUUUGAACUUGGUUUGGACCUACGCCAAAAUCAUGCAAGACAUCGGCCUAUCGUUCUUUCUUUUCUACGGCCGACGCAAUGUCAAGCAGCUCUGGAACGAGACGAAGGGCAUGACUAUCGCGAUCAAGAAGAACCGAUACCGAGUUCAAGGCUUGGACGGGACUUUCACGGCAUUCAGACACAAUGAACCGGACGGUGGCUUUAAAGUCUACUACUACCUAGGGGAGCACAAAACGGAGCCUGAGGGAACCAAGCAUCUCAACCAUGUGAGCACCUACUCCAAAGACAUUUUGUUACUCGUUCGACAGGAGUUCAAAGACGGGAAGCUCUCCAAUGAGUUCCACUACGACUAUCGCGUACCAGCGAAGAAAGUCUUGUCCUUGUCCAAGAUCUCAGAGUCCAAGAUCCCAAUGGGUCGGCGUUGUGUGCGAGGGCAGGAUAAGCUUCAGAGCAUUCAGUACAACCGCAAGGGACUCAUCGAGGCUGGAUCUUACAUGAAAGAUGGCAAUCUCAUCCGCUUCAAGUACCAUUACCGGAAGAACCCUCGGUUUGGCGACGAGCUACUCCGAGCCGAGUUUGCCCUCUCGCACAUCACAUGUACUGUGUCUUGGUGUGCACCUCCCAUCCGGCAUCCUGAGAAGGUUGAACGGUGGAUUCCUCAUUCCAAGGUUACGGAAGCAACAUUCGUUCAGGGCGCCGAUGUCUAUGAGUCUCGCUGGCUUUACGAUCACAAGUUCCACCCGAUGAUUUUCACGACGCUCAAUGGACAGAAGAUCCAGACGCCACCAAUGAUUGAACAUGACUUCCUGGCCGUCCUCGCGAAGCCACGAUACACAAGCUUUGUCCACGACAACCCACUCAUAUACUGCGAGAGCCUUAGUUCAAACAUCAUGACGCGAUUUUUCGGGUUGACCACUAAGCGUUUUCCAGUAUCGACCUCUCGCGCUCGUUCGCAGAUUUGGAAGGCCUGGAAAGACCGCGUUGACUUCGACGGUAUCAUUGUUCGCUGGAUGGACGACCGACUCCUGCGACGCGACAAGGCCCUUGCGCCGUAUUGGCGCAGCCGCGAUCGCGGCGAUCUGGCGUCGGCGAAGAAAUACCUGGAGCUUCGCGCAGACAGUGUCACCGCUAGUGCAGACCUCGACGACAAUAUCUCCAGCUGGACUCCGCUUGCUGUGAAGAUCAGCGACCUUUUCAACUUCGGGCCCGGAGGCGAUGCUGUGGUCAACACCAGGUCAAAGGAUUUUGGAUCCGACACCGAGAAAUCCUUGCAUGUCAUGGCCGCCGACACUGGUACUUGGCCGAAUGAAGGUGGUGGUGUCUCGGCCUGUCGACGCGACAUGAUCAAUUCGCUGCGAUCCAUCAAAUGGCACAUGAUCUGCGAGUCUGCAAACGACUUUGGGGUCCCCAAGCACCAGACGGAGCAGAACAUUCUCUCAUUGAAGGUUAUUCCGCUCUGGGGCCUUGACUUCCUCACCCCAACGCACGGUCUGUUCAGAAACAAGCUAGAUUCCGAGGUAGACAAUGUCACUUCGGCCAGCGAUCUGGAUAUCAAGUUGAACUUCAUUCCGAUAUUGACAGCGCUGGUGAAGGGCGCACGCGCCGUACACCUCUCCAAAGCUGAUGUUAACCAGGCGACCCGCGCUUUGGUAAACUUGAACACUUACUUCCAGGAAUCGCGUCAUUGGACCCAGAUUUGGGACAGCGAAAUUGUCAAGGAGAGCUGGCGUGACCUCUGGCUCACCCAGGAGAUGCCUAACAGUAUUCCCUCGUCUGAAUGGUUCCAGACAGAAUUGCCCACGUUGGGGUCCCUCGAUACUGCUCUGCAGCUCUGGUACCGGUAUCUGUUCAUCUUCUCGAUCCCGAUCCCCGAAAAGAUUCCAAGCGUGUUCCAAGCGUCCCAUCAUAGCGUGAGCGCAUCCUAUGGGGUAGUUUGCAAGCUGAAGCGGAGUUGCACCCUUCAAAUCUGGGACCAUGCCAUUAGCUGGCGUGAGACCAAUCUUUGUCUGUCGUCCGCCCUCUGCAAGCUCUCGCCGUUCGUCCGCAACUGCUUGCUGGGUUUGAUGCGCAUUACUUCUGUCGUCACGCUCCAUCACGCAGAUAUCAUCCUGCCCUGUGCGGACUUCUUCAACCCCGGCUGGGAGGUCGAGAUUGGAACCUGUCAAGGGACCAUUGAGCACCGCAAUAUCUUCCGUCGCAAGGUCGACCCCGUCGUCAACGGUAUCACUGACAUGCAGAAAUUUGCUCCGGUGAAGGAGAUCAAGUCCCAACGCCCGACUGUCACCAUGCUGUCCCACGUUUGGUACGCCAAGGAUAUCAAAACCGCCCUUCUGGCCGCCGACAUCAUCAUCAACCAGUGGAAGUUCGACGAUUACCAUCUGGACAUAUACGGGGCCAUCGACAAAGCACCGACAUACUCCACCGAAUGUCAAGAGAUCAUUGCAUCGAAGGGCCUCCGCGGCAAGGUCACUCUACGCGGAACUGCAGACCCGAUGAAGGUCCUCGAAAACACCUGGCUCUUUCUCAACUCGUCGCUCUCCGAAGGACUUCCCCUAGCUCUCGGUGAAGCAGCCUUGACUGGCGCCCCAGUAGUCUGCACCGACGUCGGUGCCUCGCUCCGAGUCCUCAGCGACCCAGACGACUUCUCGCGAUUCAGCGCCGUCGUGGCACCAAACGACGCGCAAGCCCUCGCCAAGGCACAAAUAUCUAUGCUCGGCCUCCUUGGCGAAUGGGCCAAAUACGCCGAAGACGCGGAAGAAGCCCCUGUCCUCACCUCCUCCCCGACCCCCGAAGAUGUCGCCCGCAUCACCCGCCGCAUGUACGAGAAGUCCGACCUCCGCCGCAAACUCGGCAUGAUGACUCGCAAGAUCGUCCAAAAAUCCUUCAGCGGCGACCGCUACCUCCGCGAACACGAGCAGAUGCUCUGGAUCGGCAAGUCCGCAAAAUUGAUGUCCUCCCGCCCCACCAACGCCUUCAGCGAGCCCACAGACGUCGCAACAGCCCUCCAGCAAGACCCCCUCCCUAUCGAAGAAGAAGUCAUCACGAUUCCAACCAGCGCCGUGCAAUCAUGGCGCUCCUCCGCCGCCUCGGGCAUCACAACCGUCUACAGUUCCCUCUCAAACUACCCUAUGUUCAGCAACGGCCCAAACGGCCACCGCUCCUCCUCCGUCCGUUCGGGCCUGAGCAAUCUCUCCACAGACACGGACUCUUUCCUGCCCCUUCCUAGCAGCGCCUCCCUACCUGUCUUCGCCCCCCGCGGCGGCCUCUCCCACCACUCCGGCGGCACCAGGUCCCCUCCCUUUGGCCGCCACGGCCGCAACAGCGGCCACCACUCCCGCACUAUCUCCCUGUCCACUGCCGGCCGCGAGCAACUGCGUGGUCUCCAGCGGGACGAUCUCCACCAGUAUCGCAAUUCAGAUAUCAGUGCGAUUAUGCGUGAUGAGUUCCUGCAGUCUAGCAUUUACAGAAAUCUGGAGGGCGGGUACGGCAGUUCUUGAUCUAUACCCUUUUCCUUUUGUUUGUUGUUCCUUGGUUGACUGUCUGAUAUCAUUGUACUCUGAUGUCAUUGUACCGGAUCUGAGCUGAACAUUUAGUGCGUUGUUAGCGUGUCGUGUUUGUUAUGUAUUUUCUCUUGCUUUAUUUUCCUUUCUUUUCUUCGCGUUUUGAUCUCUUGUCGUGUUGGCUUUGAAAUUCACGCGGUAGGAAGACUGUAUCUACUGGAGUUACAGCCGAAUGUGCUCCGUCAUUCGACUCAUUUAGUAUAUAUAGCAUUUAGACACUCGAGACCCUGAGUCUUACAUAUAUAGAAUCUUCAUUUCAGUUCA